AUGAGGCACCCUAUUGCUGCUGUCUCCUCCUGUCUCCUCUUAACUUCUGUCUCCUUUGUCUUUGCUGCAACAGACAACAAAUCAGAGCUAGUAGAGGCUCCCUUACCAGGAGAAUCCCCAUUGGCGGUUUUCUCCUCUUACAGAGGCGCACCAGCCAGUAAACCCCGCGAGGAUUUGCUGCAAUGGGAGAGCAAAGCAGCAGCAGAGCUGCAGCCAGUUCAUGAUUUGCUGCAGCAGCUGCAGCAGCAGGACAGAGAGUUGCGUCAGCAGCAGAAGCAGCAGCAGAAGCAUCCAAGAAGACACAGAAGAGAGCAGCAGGAUUAUGAGAGGGAUUUGCCCAAUACUCAGCAGCAAGAACAGCAGCAGGAACAGCAGCAGCAGCAGCAGCAGCAACCAGAGGAACAGCAGCAGCAGCAAGAAGACCAACAGCAGCAGGAAGACCAGCAGCAGCAGCAGCAGCAGCAGCAGCAGCAGCAAGGAAUAACUCUUGCCGAGGCGCUGCUGCGCAGCGCUGCGCUCUCCGCCGAAUUUCAGAAAUUGCGAGUCGAUCGGCAACUCCUUAGAGACGACCCUGAGCUAGAGGCCACGGCGGACACGUAA